AUGACCUGUGAGGGUAACCUCUCAGGGGUUUCUGGAAGACCAGAAGCAACUCAAAUCUGCGAACUGUCUGAGAAUUCUGAUAAAUCAAGUGCAGAAAGCGAUUCAGAGACUGAAGUGGAACAGGUCUCUGUAUAUCAUAAGCUCCUGGCCACCCUGAAGACCUCUCCUGAGUCUGAGAGUGAGGAGGAGGAAGAUGAAGGUGAAUCAGAAGAUGGGGAAAGUGAGACAGAAAUGGACAGCGAAGGGUCCCAGGAGACCGGAGAAGCAGAUGGAGGUGAAGAAGAUAAGAAUGACGUACCAGAGCUGGAAGAAGCUAAAGAGACGGCAGAGCAGACGCUUGGCCAGGAGCAGGCUGAUGGCGCAGAUACCUCUUGUGACCCAAGUCAUGGAGUAAUUGAGGAGUUUACUGAUGUGAAACACGAAUCUGAAUUUAGCUUGGAAACCAAUUUCAUGGAAGAGGAGAGUGGAGAUUGCAAUGCAGAUCAGAGAGACAGCAACUCUUCACAAGCCUUUUCAGAAGAUCCAUUUAAACAGCACAUGGACAAAGAACUUGAAGAAAAAGAAGUAGAAAAAAUGUCUAUGCUUCCUAAAUCUUCAAGUCAGAGCAAGUGGCCAAGGCUGGGCCAACUAACUUUUUCUUCCACUUUGGAGAAACAUAAAACUUUGAAAGCAGACAAAGAAGUUGAUGUGAAACAGCUUUAUCUUCACAAGCCUUUAGAAUCCACUUGGCCAAAAGUGAAUAAACAGUUUCUGUCCUCAGUGAACAAACCAAGCGAUCCCCCUUUUACCCCAUUACAAAGAGAGCUCUUCUGUAUCAUGAAUACGUACCGGGACUUGUUCUAUCCAGAAAGAAAUGCUUUAACAAAUGGAGAAGAAAUCCGGCAUGCUUACUGCUUGCAUGCCUUGAACCACGUUCUGAAGGCAAAUGCCCAAGUGCUCAGCAACAACGCCAAGCGAAGAGACCAAAAGCCAGGGACUGACAGCGAUGACUACAGGGAUCAGGGGCUCACUAGACCCAAGGUACUGAUGAUAGUGCCCUUCAGAGAAUGUGCUUUGCGAAUUGUGCAUAUUUUCAUCAGUCUUCUUGAAGUGAAUGACAAAAGAAAAAUAGAUGUAAGUAAUAAAAAGCGCUUCAAAGGGGAGUUUGGCUCUGACCCAGAAGAGAAGCCCCCCAACCUGAAAAGGCCUGAAGAUUAUGAAGCCGUCUUUGCUGGCAACAUCGACGACCAUUUCAGAAUCGGGGUUGCGAUUCUUCAGAAGAGCAUGAGAUUAUAUGCACCAUUUUACUCAUCGGAUAUCAUCAUUGCCUCUCCCCUGGGUAUGAGGACUGUUAUUGGCGCAGAGGGGGAGAAGAAGAGAGAUUUUGAUUUUCUGUCAUCGAUAGAAAUUCUCAUAAUUGAUCAAGCAGAUAUUUACCUCAUGCAGAAUUGGGAACAUGUUCUGCACCUGAUGAAGCACAUUAACCGGCUGCCUCUGGAUUCCCACGGGGUAGACUUUUCCCGUGUGCGAAUGCUGAAUCUCAAUAACUGGUCCAAGUACUACCGCCAGACGCUGCUGUUCAGUGCUCUUCAGGAUCCCCAGAUUAACUCCAUCUUCAACAAACACUGCUUCAAUUAUGUGGGGCAGGUGGCUGUCCGCAACGUACCGCUCAGUGGCUCCAUUAGCCACGUUGUGGUCCAGCUUCCUCACGUUUUCCGGAGGCUGGAAGCUGAAAACUUAACUUCUGUAAUAGAGACAAGGUUUCAGUUUUUCAUUGACAAAGUUCUGCCUGAGUACCGUGAUGCCAUCAUGUCACACACGCUCAUUUAUGUUCCGUCAUAUUUUGACUACGUGCGUCUUCGAAAUUACUUCAAGAAAGAGGAGCUGAAUUUCACUCACAUUUGUGAAUACACUAAAAAGGCUGGUGUCUGCAGAGCAAGACGGCUCUUCCUCAAGGGAGAGAAGCAGUUUUUAUUGUUCACUGAGCGCUUCCACUUUUACAAAAGGUAUACGAUAAAAGGCAUUAGGAACCUCAUUUUCUAUGAGUUACCAACCUACUCCCACUUCUACAGUGAGAUUUGUAAUAUGAUGAAGGCCACAGACAGUGGAGUGGAUGCUACUUGGACCUGUACCGUGCUCUACUCCAAGUAUGAUGCUCAGAAAUUGGCUGCGGUGGUUGGCAUUGAUCGCACAGCUCAAAUGCUACAGUCCAAGAAAAAUGUGCACCUCUUUGUUACAGGAGAAAAUGAAUAAGUGAUACUGCAGACCAGACGACUGGAUGGAUCUGGAUUUUACUGCUAAUGCACUUUUUGAUGUUCGUUUUCUAAAAAGUAUUGAACUUUUUACUCCCUUUUACUAAAUAUGCUGUUGAAAUUGUUCAUAUAAUAUUAAAUUUUAUAUUUCAGUAGUCUGUCCAACAAGAAAUGAAGGAUGUCAUUCAAGAAACCCGGGCUUGGGGGUUUCUUCUGUAUAGAAACAAAAUCAAUGCAGAACUACCCUUCUUGUAUAUUGGAAAACUCUCACUGAUCAGUAAAGACUGAUG